AAGUGAACCUUUUUAAAAAAUAUAAUCUUAGUACUCUUAAGAUGACAUGUGUUGUCCCCUUAUUAUUAACAGGCAAUCUCAGGGACGACUAAAUCGGAGUGUUGUUUGAAUCGAACAUUUCCGAAUCUGAAACAGGCUUUACAAGGUUAAUACAAUGGUCAUUGUGUAAAUAUGUGCACAAAAAUUAACAAUAUUAAGACAAAUUAGAUGUUGCAUACUUUAACUUUAAUACUUUUAUGAUAUUUUGCGCCGCUGCAUAGUGUAGUUCCCCUCCAGUACAAUGGUUGUGGAGGUAGAAAGCUUCUUUGGUGUGUAUAUGCUGUACUGCCUCAACCCUAAAUAUAAAGGACGAAUAUACAUUGGCUUCACGGUGAAUCCUGAGCGCAGGAUCGGACAGCACAAUGCUGGACGACACAAAGGAGGAGCAAAGCGGACCAGUGGGAGAGGACCAUGGGAGAUGGUCCUUAUCAUACAUGGCUUUCCCUCUGAUAUUGCUGCCUUAAGAUUUGAGUGGGCGUGGCAGAACCCUCACUCCUCCAGGCGUCUCUCCUGCAUCUCCCGCCGCACCAGGAAAGAGUCCAGCCUGCAGUUCCACUGGCGUGUCGUAUCCAACAUGCUACGGGUGGCGCCGUGGAGCCGGCUCCCGCUGACCGCUCGCUGGCUUAAGCCGGAGUACAAGAUAGAGUUUGAGGUCAAUCUGCGACCUCCUCUGCACAUCACUGUCGUCAGCGGAGGCGUAAAAGUCAAGAAGAAGCGUCUGUUACACCCAGAAGACCAGGUGGAGACUUCCAGGUGUUUCCUUUGCAAGGGCUUGGUCAAGAUUUCAGAAAAAUUGAGCUGUUUCCACCCAUCCUGCGGGAUGGGCAGUCACGUGAUCUGCCUGGCCAAGCUCUUCCUUAAGGCAGAGCCGUCCCACCUCCUGCCUGUGGAGGGGCAGUGUCCUGCUUGCUGGCGCUCCAUGCUGUGGGGGAGUCUAAUCCGCCUCAAACAAGGCUGCUUAGGAGAUCUGGAGGAGUUCACAAAGUCUGCAUCUCAAAACCACUGGCAGAUCAACUAUGAAGGAAAUGAACUGAAAUGACCGAUAUCGCCAUUGAUGUGGAAAGGAUUGUACAAAAAUAUUUAUAUUUUUUCUACUUGUGAUCAUGAAAUACCUUUUACAAUAUUUGUUUCUUACCUAUUAAACCUGCUCUUAAAGAGACUAUCCAUCAGGUUUCUCCAGUUGCCUUGAGGGCACCAACAUUCUAACAUAUAGUUAGUAUUAUAUCCCAUCUCUUCCUGUUUAGAGUACGCCAACAUAACAAUAGCUAGUACAGAUAAAUUCAUUCAAAACGUAGCAUGCCACCGAGCUAACUAGUUAAACUUGAUUUAUUUAUAAAUUUAAGAAUGAGUUGAAAUUGCAGUGGGGAAGAAGGACAACAUAAGAAGCCAAACAUUUACCAGUUCCAC